AUGUCGGUGUCCCUGUCCAGCAUCCCCGUGGUGAGGGACAGCAGCCGCAUGCAGAACAGCGGCCCAGUCCGGGGCUUGGCUUUCUACCCGGGCCCCCUCGGCGCGCCGCAGUACGUGGACCUCUUCCCGGGGGGCCCGCACAGCCUCCUCCACCCUCUCAAGUCCCUCGGCCGCCUGGUGUCGGACACCCGGCAGGCGUCCAUGCCCCUCCAUUUCGCCGGCGGAGCUCCUCCGUUCCUGGGCCACGGCGGCCCCCCCUCCCUCAGCGGGCACAUGGCGAGAGCCUCCAGCGGGUCCUACCUGAGUCCGCUGCACCCUCCGUAUCCGAAACCGGAGGAGCUGGCCGCCGUGGUGACGGAGCACGCCGCCGGACCCCUGUCGGACUUCAGCAGCCCCGCGUCCAGCGAGAGGUCCUCCUCCACCUCCUCCGUCUCCCCGUCCAAGGAGGUUUUGCCUCGUCUCCGGGCCACAGACAGGCCCGCGUCACCAGCGGGGAAAACGCGCACGUACAAUUUCAGCGAGGACGAUCUGUUCUCCGUCCUGUACGGCUCGUCCCGCACCGAGGGGCGCAGCGGGGCUCGGGCCACGGCAGCAGGAGGAGCAGCAGGAGGAGGAGCAGGAGGAGUCCCCGCGCCCGGAGACCCAGUUGCCGACAGCCAGAUGCUCCACCUGGACAUCGAGACGCUUGAACUUCCGGAAGGGUUGACGGUCCUCCGGACGGCGUGCGCCAGCGCGUCUCGCUACGGGGUGUUCACGGGAGGAGACGGCGUCCCCAAAGGGAAGCGCUUCGGACCCUUCCAGGGCAAACUGGUCAACACCAGCGAGAUUAAAACCCACGACGACAACACGCUGAUGUGGGAGGUGUUCGAGCACGGCAGGCUGAGCCACUUCGUGGACGGCAGAGGAGGUUCGGGGAACUGGAUGUCGCUGGUCAAGUGCGCUCGCUUCCCGGAAGAGCAGAACCUGAUCGCGGUGCAGGUCCAGAGGCAGAUCUUCUACGAGAGCUGCAAGGAGAUCCGGGCGGGCCAGGAGCUGCUGGUGUGGUACGGGGACUGCUACGUGCAGUUCCUCGGCAUCCCGCUCACCCUGAAAGACCCCGCGGAGGAGAAUAACCCCGUCCUCCCGACGGAAGAUGCCGGGGAGGGUUUCAAAUGUGACCGGUGCGGGAAGGUGUUCGCAUACAGGUACUACAGAGACAAGCAUCUCAAGUACACCCGGUGCGUGGACCAGGGCGACCGGAAGUUCCCCUGCCACCUCUGCAACAGGUCCUUCGAGAAGAGAGACCGACUGCGCAUCCACAUCUUGCACGUUCACGAGAAGCACCGGCCGCACAAGUGCUCGGUGUGCGGAAAGAGUUUCUCCCAGUCCUCCAGCCUCAACAAACACAUGCGCGUCCACUCCGGAGAGCGGCCCUACAAGUGUGUCUACUGUAACAAGGCGUUCACGGCGUCCAGCAUCUUGCGCACCCACAUCCGCCAGCACUCGGGAGAGCGCCCCUUCAAGUGUAAGCACUGCGGGAAGGCCUUCGCCUCGCACGCCGCCCACGACAGCCACGUCCGCCGGACGCACGCCAGGGAGAAGGCCUUCAGCUGCGGCGUGUGCGGGGCGUCGUUCCCGGAAGAGCAGGGCCUCAAAUAUCACGUGAAAAGUCACAAAACGAGGACACAUUUGGAGAACGGACCGCCGGACGUGUCUCCGUUUCCGGUCAGAGACAACUGCAGAAGACAGAAGAGCUUCCCUUCCGCCGGAUUAACGCCGGUAAACGCCGGGUAUCGACCCUGGAGCUAGCUCAGCUGUGUGGGAACGACCCGCCCUUUAAACCGGGGAAAGGUCGAAGAACCGCGUUUCUGUCUGGCGCGUUUGGCUGGAAUAAAUACCCACAAUGCAAUCUGUCACCAUGCCAAACUACAGGCUGCCUAUCUAUUUAUUUAAAUCUGUUGUUUGUGUUGUUUUGUGGCUGAAAGCUUCCACACUGCUAUUUUUUUUAAUCCAAAAUGUGAAUCCUGUACUCUAUUAUUAUUUUAUUAUUAUUGUUAUUAUUGUAUUAUUAUUAUUGUUGUAUUGUUAUUAUUAUUGUAUUGUUAUUAUUAUUGUAUUAUUUAUUCUUUUAUUAUUGAC